ACACACAACAAACAGACACACUUAUGUUUCUUACUUACAUAAAAACAUAAUAAAAAUACAAUCUUUGUUAAAAUGAUGACUGAUAAUCCUUCUUCUUCAUCACCAAUUCAAUCUGUCAACAACAACAACACUUCAAUUGAUCAAACCCUAAUUACAAAUCCCUCUUCUUCAAUUGACCCUCAAAUCAUCACAUCUAAUAAUCCAUCAAAUGUUUUGUCCCCACAACAACAACAAUUACUUCAACAACAAAAUAUUCAUAUUAAUAAUACUAAUAAUAAUUUAAUUUCAUCACAGCCCAAUUUCCAAAUUCACCAACAACAAAAUACUAAUAGUAAUAAUAACUUGCAAAGAACCCCAUCAGUAUCUCGAUUAACUCAAAUACAACAAUUUAAUAAUACUAAUACUAAUACUAAUACUAAUAAUAAUAUUAUUAAUAAUAGUAUUAUUAAUAAUAAUAAUAAUGCUGCAAGACUUUAUGGGCAGAUGAAUUUUGGUAAUGGGCAACAACAACAGCAGACUCAACAGCAAAUUGGGCAGAUGGGUAAUGCUGCCGGGUUGACUCGGUCUAAUUUGAUGGGUCAAACGGGUCAUCUUACUAUGUUGCCGGGUCAAGCUGCAGCUGCUGCUCAGCUUAAUAUAUUAGCUUCGCCGAGGCAGAAAGCCGGGUUAGUACAAGGGUCACAAUUUCAUCCUGGAAACACACCUGGUCAAUCACUGCAAGGAAUGCAAAUGGGGAUGAACAUGAUGGGUAAUGCUUACAAUAUGAAUUCUCAGAUUAGGCCAAAUGGGUCGCUUGCUUUCAAUCAACAAAGGAUGAAUCAGGGCCAGAUGAGACCACAAUUGGCGCAACAAUUGUCUCAACAAAAUGCAUUGGCAUCUGGUCAGAAAAUGCAGGCACAGGGCAUAGCUCGGUCGUCAUUCAUGAACUCUCAAAUGUCAGCGUUAAGUCAAAAUUCUCACUUAACUAUGAUGCAGAACAGUAUAACACAACAACAAUGGCCAAAGCAAAUGCCAGCCAUGUCAUCACCUAAUUCGCCCUCAUUUCGGAUUCAGCAACAGAGGCAACAGGCACUUAUGGGUCAGCAACUUUCAUCCUCUCAAUUGCAGAAUUCGAUGUCGUUGAACCAACAGCAAUUAUCACAAAUGGCCCAGCAACAACACCAGCAGCAACAAAAUCAGCAACAGCAGAUUGGGCAUCAGCAGCAACAAUUGCCAACUCAGCAACAACUUUUGCAGCAGCAGUCACCAAGAAUAGGAGGAUCUGCGGGUCAAAAAUCCGUUAGUUUGACCGGUUCUCAACCUGAUGCAACUGCAUCGGGGGCUACCACACCUGGUGGAAGUUCAAGCCAAGGGACGGAAGCCAGCAAUCAUCUGCUUGGUAAAAGGAAAAUUCAAGAUUUGGUUGCGCAGGUCGAUCUGAAUGCAACCCUUGAUCCCGAAGUUGAGGAAGUUCUUUUGAUGCUUGCUGAUGAAUUUAUUGAUUCGGUUACUUCAUUUGGAGCGACAUUGGCCAAGCAUCGCAAAUCUUCUGUUGUAGAGUCGAAAGAUGUGUUGCUGCACCUAGAAAAGAACUACAAAUUGACAAUUCCUGGAUUCUCAAGUGAAGAGAGGAAACAGGAACAAAACAAUCCAGCAAGUGAUAUUCACAAGAAGCGUCUUGAUAUGAUACAAGGGCUGAUGGAGAAUUCAUACUCUGAAACAAAUAUGAGUAACUCUAAACAGGACCCUCGACACCAGUUUGGAGCAAAUAACUUGAUUAGGCCUUCCCCAAGUGCGGACCAGUUGAACUUACUUUCAAACCCUUCUCAAAAUCAGCCACAUAAACAAGGGUUCGACGGUUACUAGUUCAGUCUUUAAGUCCAACCAAAACUGUUCAAAUAUCUGCUUGGAAGGUGUGAAGCACGUGAACUGUAUAAUAUAGUAAAAGAUAGGGGGAGAGUUUCAGUUAACAGAAUAGAGCUAUGCAGCUUAGUUGAUGGUAAAAUUAAUUAACAGGUUUCAAGUUUCAUUUUUUUUAUUUUGAUUUACAAAUUGUGGUUAUAGGUCUUGUUUUGUUUGCAACUGUUUGCAGUAUGUUAAGUUAAUUGGUUUUAGAUUAUUUUGUUCUCA